ACUGAACUCCCCUCGUAAUUGUAGUAGUCCAGUCUUUAUGAACGUCGUGCUGAGUUUGAGUGAGGUAAAGUGUGCUUGCAGUUAUUCGUUAACGGUUAGGAAACAAUUGUCUCUAUUCAUAAAUUUCGGUGUCUUAUGAGUAAUCAGAAGCAGCAGAAGCCAACGCUAACAGGCCAGCGUUUUAAGACACGGAAGAGAGAUGAAAAGGAGAGAUUUGACCCUACACAGUUUCAGGAGAGCAUUGUACAAGGAUUAAAUCAAACUGGCACUGAUUUGGAGGCUGUUGCCAAGUUCUUAGAUUCAUCUGGGGCCAAGCUCGAUUAUCGUCGCUAUGCAGAAACCCUGUUUGAUAUCCUGGUGGCUGGUGGAAUGCUGGCUCCGGGAGGUGCCUUAUCCGAUGACAUGACUCGGACUCCCUUCUGUCUCUUCACAGCACCAGAAGAUGUUAAGACCAUGAAAGCAUAUGCUCAGGUUUUUAACAAGUUAAUCCGGCGUUACAAGUACCUGGAGAAAGGGUUUGAAGAGGAGAUUAAAAAGUUGCUCCUGUUUUUAAAAGGAUUCAGUGAGUCGGAGCGUAACAAGCUUGCCAUGCUCACAGGCAUUUUACUGGCUAAUGGGAACCUGUCAUCUUUAAUCCUUGGCAGCCUCUUCAAUGACAACUUGGUCAAAGAAGGUGUGUCUCCAGCCUUUGCUGUGGUCCUGUUUAAAUCGUGGAUCAAUGAGAAGGACAUUAACUCUGUGGCUGCCAGUCUGCGUAAAGUUGGCAUGGACAACAGGUUGACUGAGCUGUUUCCAGUGAACAAGCGAAGCUAUGACCACUUCGCUAAAUACUUCACUGAUGCUGGGCUUCAGGAGCUUUCUGAUUUUGCACGCAACCAGCAGUCAUUAGGAACUCGUAAGGAGCUUCAGAAAGAGCUCCAAGAUCAGAUGUCUCAAGGAAUUUCUUUUAAAGAGAUAAUUGCAUAUUGCAAGGAAGAAAUAAAGAAGAGCAGCAUCUCUGAGCAGAGGAUGAUUGGUAUCAUGUGGACCAGUGUCAUGAGCUUAGUGGAAUGGAAUAAGAAAGAGGAACUGGUCACUGAACAGUCCAUUAAACACCUAAAGCAACACAGCCCCCUGCUGAAGGCCUUCACCACACAGGGCCUGUCUGAGCUGACUCUGCUGCUGAGAGUUCAAGAGUACUGUUAUGACAACAUCCACUUCAUGAAAUCUUUCCAGAAAAUUGUUUUGCUGCUCUAUAAAGUGGAUGUUGUGAGUGAAGAAGCUAUUCUUAAGUGGUAUACUGAAGCUCACCUAGCCAAAGGAAAGAGUGUCUUCCUGGAGCAGAUGAAGAAAUUUGUGGAGUGGCUGAAAAAUGCUGAAGAGGAAUCUGAGUCUGAGGAGGAAACCGAUGAAGACUGAACCAAGGUUGCCUCAUUUUGGAAUGAGAAACAAUAGUUCUGACUGUAGAGGAUUCUCUUGCAUUUCAGUUGACUGGUCUAGAUCACUUAAGAGUGUACUUAACAAUACAGUUUUAAAGUCUUUAGCAAGAAAUGUUACCUUUUGAGGGUUGCACUUGUAGUCCUUGCCAAGGAAGAAUGAUUGUUCUCACUUCUGAACUCCUUAUCAAAGACUUUUUUUUUUUAGAUGUUAGUCAGGUUGUUCUGCAUAUUAAUGUACAGUACCAACAUUGACUUCUUUUCUUUUAUAAAAAUAAAGAAAAUCAUUCAA